UUUAUGGGAGUGUUAGUUUGUGGAGUCUGUGGGAAGGGGAGAGGGAUUGAGGAAAGUUUUCAGCCCUGGGAUUCAGACGCCAUUAUAACCCAAGGACUGCCCUCUUCUUUAUCCGAACCGACCACCACAAAUCUCUCAUGGAAAAUGCAUCCAGAUUUCACACACUACUGGUAAUUUCUGCAGGAAAAAAAAUCCAAAACCCAGCUUCUGCCAUGAUCUCAUAUGACGGUGAGAGUCUGAAGCAUCUCUCUUGAGGUGCAUAAUAAGGUUCCAUGAUGAACGGCAGCAAGAAUGGCACAGCUGUGGACAGUUUGGGUGCCAGUGGGGCCGUGGCGCUUGAGUCAGCUUCAAUCAUAGUUAUUGCUUUGCUUAUCUGCUUGGGGAAUCUGCUUAUUGUUGUGACGCUUUAUAAGAAGCCCUACCUCCUGACACCCAGCAACAAGUUUGUGUUCAGUCUGACCUUGUCCAACCUCCUGCUGUCAGUGCUCACGCUCCCUUUCGUGGUAGCCAGCUCUUUGCAGCGAGAAUGGAUGUUUGGGGUGGUGUGGUGCAACUUCACAGCUUUACUUUAUCUGCUUGUUAGCUCUGCUAGCAUGCUCACGCUAGGAGCCAUUGCCAUUGACAGGUAUUAUGCCGUAUUGUACCCUAUGAUCUACCCCAUGAAGAUCACAGGAAAUCGGGCCACAGUGGCCAUUGUUUACAUUUGGCUUCACUCUUUAGUGGGCUGCCUGCCACCACUCUUUGGUUGGUCAGCAUUUGAGUUUGAUAACUUCAAGUGGACCUGCACAGCAGCCUGGCACAAGGAAGUUGGCUAUACAUCUUUCUGGGUCACUUGGUGCUGCUUGAUUCCCUUGGCAGCUAUGCUAGUGUGCUACAGUGUUAUUUUCCGUGUAGCUCGUAUAAAAGCACGCAAAGUGUAUUGCGGGACUGUGGUGGUUGCUCAGGAGGAGUCUGGCACGCAGAAGAAUGGUCGCAAGAACUCCAACACCUCCACCUCUUCUAGCAGCAGCCGCAAGAGCCUCAUUUACUCAGGCAACCAAUGCAAAGCAUUUAUCACCAUCCUGGUGGUUAUGGGGACGUUCCUGGCCACCUGGGGGCCCUAUGUGGUGGUGAUUAGUACUGAGGCAUUGUGGGGAAAAGGUAGUGUUUCUCCACAGCUGGAGACUCUAGCAUCCUGGUUGUCUUUCACCAGUGCAGCAUGCCACCCAUUAAUCUAUGGACUAUGGAACAAAACAGUGCGUAAAGAGCUCUUGGGCAUGUGCUUUGGGGACCGUUACUACAGAGAGUCAUUCGUCACACGGCACAGGACAUCAAGACUCUUCAGCAUCUCAAACCGGAUCACUGACUUGGGGAUGUCCCCACACCUGACAGCCAUGCUAGUUGGAGGAGGGCAGCUCUUAGGACCUGGCAGUAGCACUGGUGAUACUGGGUUCAGUUAUACUCAAGACUCCGCUACAGACAUCAUGCUGCUGGAUAGCUACUCAUCUGAUACCUCCCAUUUCACACACUGCAAUGGUUUUAAAAGAAGAAGCUCUGUCACAUUUGAGGAUCAAUUGGAACAACCCCGUAAAUGUGACUUCCCAACAGUCCAAGUUACUGCAGAUGUCCAUACGUCCCUCGACAGCUUCGCAUCCUGUCUGGCAAAGGCCAUAGAGAAUGAUGCCAAGCUGCAGCUGUUUGGGGAGAGCCCACUAAUUCCUAGCAGCUUAUUCACAGUACGCAACACACAGAGAGGACCACGGUAUCUAGAUGGACAGAGACUUAGGAUGGAGAGCAUCGAUGAAGGAAUAGUCAAAGAUGAUGCAGAUGAAGAAAAUGUCCACGAUGAAUUAAUCUGAUUGCGUAUACACCACACUUUAAAAACUGUUGUAGAGCUGGUACACUGUGUAUUAUGCUGUCUUAUUUGGUAGAGUUUUCUUGUGGUACACAAAUCUAUUUAAAAAUGUUGCUUAGUGUUUAUGUAAUUGAUAAACAUUGAAUCAUGCUGUUAAAGAGUUGGAGAAAGAAAAGGGAGACCUGUGCAAAGAAAGUUAAAUGUACUGUACUUGUAGCAAAGUGAGGAGACGUUUCGUCUUAUUACUUUCAGUUAACUAAGUUGUAUUUGUGUACAGAUGGCACUGAAAAUAGGUAAAGCUUAGACACUUGUAAUCAGUACUUUGGCCAUGUGCCUUAUUUCCCCCCUUUUUGCAAGAAAGCCAUAACCACUAUACUAAGUAACUGUGCUGUCUGAGCAAUAAUUAGUGCUGAGAGGGGCCUUCUUUAGUAUCAAUAUUAUGCCAUACAUAUUUUUCUUUUUAUAAUUCACUUUGUAUGCAGAUGCUGGGCCUUAAAACAAGUUAAUCUCGUAUCCCUGUUUUCUGCAUAGAAAAGUACUCUGGUGACACUAUGGCAUGAUGUUUAUAUUGUAAAAACAAAAAAGUUAAUGUGGUGCAUUAUAAUCAGUAUUAUGAACAGUAUUUUAUAGUCUAGUAUUCAUUCUCAACCCAUGAGGCUUAUCUGGCUGUAUGCAUCCUGUGACAUGAUGCCUUUGUUGACACACCAUGUGAAUCAUUGCAUCAGGAACGUUUUCAGUAGUACUGAAAUACAAGACAAGCAGUGUUAAGUGUCUUAUUGGUACUGAUGCACUUGAAAACGGUAUGCAUUGUCUUCAGAUCAGGUUCCUUUUCUUCUGCUUCUGUUAGAAUAAGGAAAAUGUUCCACUGAUCUCUAAAAUUGUCCACCUGAACAAAUAAUAGUUGAAUGACAAUUCCUGUGGAAUGUUGUAUACCAAAGUCAAUAAUAAUUGUUGUAUAUUGUAAUGAAAAAAGUAAAAUACCAUAAACACAUACUA